GAAGCUCGAGCUCACUGCGCUGCCGUGCUUUGACAGUUUAAAGUGGAUUCGAGAGCCGCGGAUCAAUAAUCGCAUUUUCUUUAAAAAAUGUGUAAAAAGUGACCAAAUAAAUCAAUGGUACAGGACGGCAGCAUGUCCGGGACGCCUUCUACUUCCACACAGGAGAUCCAGAUGGACGUUUUAGAUAAUCCCAAUUUACAGGGAAAGUAUGCCAAGCGGAAGAGUCGUUUCAAACGCUCGGACGGAAGCACCUCCUCCGACACCACCUCCAACAGUUUCGUACGACAGGGCUCGGCGGAGUCCUACACCAGUCGCCCCUCUGACUCGGACAUGUCUCUGGAGGAGGACCGCGAGGCUCUGAGGCGCGAGGCGGAGCGGCAGGCUAUGGCACAGCUGGAAAAGGCCAAAACAAAGCCUGUGGCAUUCGCGGUGUGCACCAACGUGGGGUACAACUCCGCGCCCGGCGACGACGUGCCAGUGCAGGGCAUGGGCAUCUCCUUCGACGCUAAGGACUUCCUCCAUAUUAAAGAGAAGUACAGCAAUGACUGGUGGAUCGGCCGGCUGGUGAAGGAGGGCUGUGAGGUCGGCUUCAUCCCGAGUCCCGUCAAACUGGAGAACACGAGACUGCUGCAGGAGCAGAGGCUGAGGCAUAACCGGAUCAGCGCCAGCAAGUCCGGGGGAAACUCAAGCUCCAGCCUGGGUGACGUUGCCACGGGAACACGCAGACCCACGCCCCCCACCACGGGUCAUAUCGAGUUGUCUAAUGUCACGUUCGCUAUAGAUGCUCUUGAUCUCGAUGCUGAGGAGACGGGCACCGAGCCCCUGGUCAGCCAACCCAAAAGCAGUGUGAGCAGUGUCACCUCCCCCCAAGCUAAUGCCAAGUGCAUUCCCUUCUUUAAGAAGAUGGACCAAGUUCCUCCCUAUGAUGUGGUGCCUUCCAUGAGACCCAUCAUUCUAGUGGGUCCUUCCCUAAAGGGUUAUGAGGUCACAGACAUGAUGCAGAAGGCUUUGUUUGACUUCCUGAAACACAGGUUUGACGGCAGAAUAUCCAUCACUCGAGUGACAGCUGACAUCUCUUUGGCGAAGCGCUCGGUGCUAAACAACCCGAACAAACACACCAUCAUUGAGAGGUCCAGCACGCGCUCCAGCCUGGAGUGAGAUCGAGCGGAUCUUUGAGCUGGCCCGGACCCUGCAGCUCGUGGCUCUCGAUGCCGACACCAUCAACCACCCCUCCCAGCUCG